GUUCUGCUCACAUAGUAACUGGGACGAUGAAGACGAAGUUCAAACUUCACCACUACCACAUUUGCUUUCUGCGAAUUCAAUUAUCAUCUUAAGGACGUUUAUUAAAUCCUUGAAAUAGAAAAUCCCGUUAAUUUUAGCGUGGUUUAAUUUGAGCACCUUCUGUGGAGAGUCAAAGCAAAGCAGAAAGUGAAAGGAAACGUGUAUCCUAAAGUGGACUCAAAGAACCGCUAAAAAGGAUUGUUUGUAUAUUAAAGAAUCAUGUCAAACUUAGACAAUGCUGUUAUGGUCCGCGAUGACCAGGGAAAUCCCUUUAUUUUAGUUCGCGAUCAGGAGAAGAAGAAAAGAUUGCACGGGAUUGAUGCCGUCAAAAGUCACAUCCUUGCUACCAAAACUGUUGCCAAUAUUGUCCGUACAUCUUUGGGACCUCGUGGUUUGGAUAAAAUUUUGAUUUCCCCGGAUGGAGAUAUUACAGUCACGAACGAUGGUGCUACUAUUUUGGACCAAAUGGAAGUUGAGCACCAAAUCGCCAAGUUAUUGGUUCAGUUAUCAAAAUCUCAGGAUAACGAAAUCGGUGACGGUACCACUGGUGUUGUAGUGUUGGCUGGUGCCUUGUUAGAGCAAGCUGAGGUUCUUAUUGACAAAGGUAUUCAUCCUAUUCGAAUUGCUGAUGGAUUCGAAAGAGCUUGCCAACAUUCUGUUAAGCAUUUGGAUUCAAUAUCCGACGUUGUUAACUUUGAUAAAUUGGAUACCACAAAUUUGUUCCGUGCUGCAAAGACUAGUUUAGGAAGUAAAGUGAUAUCGAAAGCCCACGAUCACUUUGCCAGAAUUGCCGUCGAUGCGGUCCUUUCUGUUGCUGAUUUUGAGCGUAAAGAUGUGGAUUUUGAGUUGAUUAAAGUAGACGGAAAGGUUGGCGCUUCUGUGGAUGAUACUACACUUGUCAAAGGUGUUGUCGUCGAUAAGGAUAUGUCUCACCCUCAAAUGCCCCAUCGUAUAGAGGAUGCAAAACUUGCUAUUUUAACAUGUCCUUUUGAGCCUCCCAAGCCCAAGACCAAACAUAAGUUGGACAUCACAUCGGUCAGUGAGUUUGAAGCUCUACAGAAAUAUGAGAAAGAAAAGUUCGAAGAUAUGAUCAAACACGUGAAAGAUGCUGGAGCAAAUCUUGUUAUUUGUCAGUGGGGAUUCGAUGAUGAAGCUAAUCAUUUACUUUUGCAGAAUGAUCUUCCUGCCGUACGUUGGGUGGGUGGACCAGAGAUUGAGUUAAUUGCCAUUGCUACUAAUGGACGUAUUGUUCCUCGCUUCGAAGAUCUUUCUACUGAAAAGCUCGGUAAGGCCGGUUUGGUUCGUGAAGUUGCUUUUGGCACUACUCGUGAUAAGAUUUUAGUAAUCGAACAGUGUGCGAAUACUCGUGCUGUGACCAUUUUUGUGCGUGGUAGUAAUAAGAUGAUUGUUGACGAAGCGAAACGCGCUCUUCAUGAUGCUUUGUGCGUUGUACGUAACUUGAUUCGUGAUAACCGCGUUGUGUAUGGAGGUGGUGCUGCAGAAGUCUCAUGUUCCUUGGCAGUCAAUCAGGAAGCAGAAAAAAUUCCUGGCAUUGAUCAAUAUUCUAUGCGUGCUUUUGCAGAUGCUUUGGAUACUGUUCCUUUGGCCCUGGCUGAAAAUAGUGGUUUAUCCUCUAUCGAAGCCUUGACCGCGGUUAAAGCACGUCAUGUUAAAGAAAACAACUCUCAUUUGGGUAUCGAUUGUCUUCAUACAGGAAACAAUAACAUGAGGGAGCAAUUCGUUAUUGACCCCCUUAUUGGCAAGAAGCAGCAAUUACUUUUGGCGACUCAACUUUGCAGAAUGGUUUUGAAGGUAAACGACAUAAUUGUUGCCGGUUCUAAAGACGAUGAGUACAAUUAAGAAUGAUACGUGGAUGGCUUAAAUGAGGUGUUCGGUUGACUCAAAAAAAAACUCUUUGAUAGUUUGGAAAUGAAUAACAUUGAAACUAAAGCUGCAAAAUGUAUAAAUAAAGUAUAUCAGUUGCCGUAGACAAUAAUAAGGAGACUAUUGUGAAAAACAAAGAUAUAAUCAGAGAAAAGUCUACAGCGGCCUGGAUCCCCAACAAGGCCCUCAGAUGUAACUACACUGGUCGGACAGAAACUGAUGUUUUCGUUUAGGUAUAGCGGUAGAAACACAUUAGUCAACCAGAUUCAAUGGUUCUGAGCCUACGCACUGUAUGCUAACGAAUAUAUUUCCUUUAAAAUCAAAGGAUUCCAUUCUAGUUAUAAGGAGCAAUUGAUUUUAUCUAUAAAAUUCAAUAAAAGUAACAAAAAAAUUCC